UCUGGGGGAGAUCCCGCUCACCAAGCGUGAUAGCGGUAGAGGACAGAGGCGCAGCGGGUGUGGCCCGGCCCAGGGGUGGAGGUGGGGGUUUCAUUCACCGCCCCACUCAUUGGUACACCAGCCUGGAAGCAGGAGCCGGCUGUGUGUGUUGCUGCGUACCCCUCUAAAUGACUGCGGGGGUCGGUGUGGCCUUUCACUUCACAUCCUGUGCCAAGUUGAAACGAGGGCAGGGAACGCACGGUCACUUGGCUGUCCCACCGGCCUUUCCAGUUUCUCCCUCGCACCCUGGGCUCCUGGCUCAUGGCUGCAGUGCUCGGCUUCGGCUGCCGCUGCACGGUGGGCCUGGCGUACUGAUACCCAGCCAGCUCCAUGCGCCCUUGGCAGCCUGGUCCGACGCCCCCAGGCAUGGAACCCUUCCUCCGGAAGCGGCUCACUUUCCUGUCUUUUUUCUGGGAUAAGAUCUGGCCGGCGGGUGAGCCGGAGGAAGACUUCCCCGGGAUCUCGGGACUCCAGAUCGACCCAGUGCCUGAGCCGCCUGGGGCUGUUGAGCCUCGCGGCUCCCCAGCUCCACCGGCCCAGCUCUUCCGAGCCCUUUACGACUUCACUGCUCGCUGUGCAGAGGAACUGAGCGUCAGCCGUGGGGACAGACUUUAUGCCCUCAAGGAGGAGGGCGACUACAUCUUUGCCCAAAGGCUCUCCGGACCACCCAGCACUGGACUAGUGCCAGUCACCUACCUUGCCAAGGCCACCCCUGAAACACUCUCAGACCAACCUUGGUACUUCAGUGGGAUCAGCAGAAACCAGGCCCAGCAGCUCCUCUUGUCCCCUGCCAAUGCACCAGGGGCCUUCCUCAUCCGGCCCAGUGAGAGCAGCAUCGGGGGAUACUCUCUGUCAGUCCGGGCCCAGUCCAAAGUCUGCCACUACCGCAUCUGCAUAGCACCCAGUGGCAGCCUCUACCUGCAGGAAGGCCGGCUCUUCCCCAGCCUGGAUUCUCUGCUUGCUUACUACAAGGCCAACUGGAAGCUGAUCCAGAACCCUCUGUUGCAGCCCUGCAUACCCCAGAUGCCCCCGGCUCAGGAUGAGUGGGAGCGGCCACGCUCGGAAUUUGUCCUUCGCAGAAAGCUGGGAGAAGGCUUCUUCGGGGAGGUGUGGGAAGGCCUGUGGCUGGGCUCUGUGCCUGUGGCUGUGAAGGUUAUCAAGUCAGCUGACAUGAAACUGGCUGACCUCACCAAGGAGAUUGAAGCACUGAAGAGCUUGAGGCAUGAGCGGCUCAUCCGGCUGCACGCCGUAUGCUCUCUGGGGGAGCCUGUGUACAUCGUCACUGAGCUGAUGGGCAAGGGCAACCUGCAGGCCUACCUGGGCAGCCCCGAAGGCCAAGCCCUGAACCCACCUCUCCUGCUGGGCUUCGCAUGCCAGGUAGCUGAGGGCAUGAGCUACCUGGAGGAGCGACGUGUUGUCCACCGGGACUUGGCAGCCAGGAACGUGCUGGUGGGUGAUGACCUCACCUGCAAGGUAGCUGAUUUUGGCUUGGCCCGGCUGCUCAAGGAUGACGUCUACUCCCCAAGCAGUGGCUCCAAGAUCCCUGUCAAGUGGACGGCACCUGAGGCAGCCAAUUACCGCAUCUUCUCCCAGAAGUCAGAUGUCUGGUCCUUUGGCAUUCUGCUGUAUGAGGUCUUCACUUACGGCCAAUGUCCCUAUGAAGGAAUGACCAACCAUGAGACGCUGCAGCAGAUCAGUCGGGGGUACCGGCUGCCACGCCCAGCCACCUGCCCAGCAGAGGUCUAUGUGCUUAUGGUGGAGUGCUGGAAGAGCAGCCCUGAGGAGCGGCCCACCUUCACCACAUUGAGAGAGAAGCUGAGUGCCAUCCACAGGCGCCUCCAUUUGGGCCUCACGUGACCAGGGCUCCAGGGCCCACAGGCAGUAGCUGGGGCAGCUGUUUGCUGAAAGGUGUCUCCUCAGGACAACACUUGCCACCAGCCUGCCAUCGGCACACAGAGAAAUACUGCACAGAUGGGAAUACUAGCCUCAAAGUGUCCAGCACUAGGAUUCCUUCACUGAUAUGGGGUGGUACUUUUGCACACUAGAUAGGCACAUGCAGACUGGGCCUGGCCAUCAGCGCUCACUUAGAUGGAAAUGAGAACUGAUGUCUUCUUCCUGGCAUGGCUUGAGUCCCUGGUGUCUCCAGAGGGCUGAUAAAACAUAGAAGGGAGCUUCAAGGAGGUGCUGGGCACAGGAACACCAGCAGAACCAGCAGUUCCUUCCUGGCCCAGAGCCUCCUCAGCUCCCUCCUACGGUCAAGUCCCACUGCAGGUUUGGUUAAGUGGCUAGUUCCAGGGUUCCAAGCAGACAAAUGUCAAUAAACAUGCUCUGAUGGACUUACAUACCAGCUCCCGGAAUGGAAUGCUGGAAUCAAUGGUAGUUUCAGAUAGUAAAGGUGGGUGGGAAAGUUGGACCCUACUCCAAAACCCCAUCACAAUGUGUAUCACCAAGGCCAUAUGGGUCAUGGUGGAACCUGCAGGAGUGACGUGAACAUGCCUUCCCAUCUCCCUGGGCUGGGAUCGAAUACAGAGGCCUCACUGGGCUUCAGGAAGGGUAGACUGGUGGCCCAGUGACUGAGAACAGUUCCAGGCCUUUUCCGGGUACAGAGGAAUGGCAUCUCAAGGCUGGUUCUCUUCAUGGGUAGUGAUUAGGAGGCAUAAUUUUCUGGCUGGUAGGGUCAGGCAGGAUAUUGGCAAUUAGGUAACCAACUCUCUGGGAACAAAGUCCCCAUGGACUACAGUUGUGUUUUGAGUGUGACCCCUGAGAAUGAGGAGUUUGGGGCAGCAUACAGAGGUCUGGGGCCUUUGCCCAGGGACCCAAGGCCAUUCCACUCUCCUAGAAGCUAUACCCAGAAGGUUAUGGGACAGAAAGACUGGUAGUUCCCUAGAGGGAACAGAGUUUGGGGUCACGUUUGCACCCACUGAGGCCAAUUUGCUCAUGAUCACUGGCCACAUCUGUGGGCCAGUAUGGGGACCUAGGAUAGAACUUGAACUUCAUGCAAAAUGACCCUUUAGGUGGAACAAAGACUGUAGGGGUCAACCAGUCAGGGGCUUCCUGAUUUUCUGGGUGAAGGAGACCAAAGGUAUGGGCAGCACUGCAGAGGGAAGCACUGGGAUCUGAUUGCUCUGGGAUCCAGAUCAAUCUGCCUGUAGUUUAGGGACAGGGUGGUUCUAGGAGCCAUGGAGGCCAGGCCAAGGGAAUAUGCUGACAUCAGUGUCAGGACGGGGAGGAAGAGUGGAUUUUGAGCUGAGUCUUAGCCCUGCCUUUGUCUCAGCCUGCAUCUCUGACCUCUCAGUCCAGCUGGGGAGGCUGAAGGAGGAGCCUGGAACUGGCGGCUGGUGGCUCAGUGAUCCCUGUUUGGCCAGAUUUCAAGCAGCAGAGUAGAACCAAGGGAUUAUGUGGGAUAAGAUGAUGGCAUUCUGGGACUGGGGUCGGGGAGAAUCUAUCAUGAAUCAGUCUAGAAUGGCACUGGAGUUAGGAAGGCACGGGGCUUGGGGAGGAAGUCCAUUCUGGGAUUGUAGCCAGACUAUAGAAGCAGGUUUGGCUAGGGCCUGGUGCAUUCCUGUGUGUCUAGUCAGCCUCAGGUGAGAUGGUUUGGCCCUCCUAGACUGUGGGAGAGGCCAGGGACUUUCGCGCUCCCUGAUAUAACAUAGAGCCACCCACAAGUCUCACCCUUUAGAAACACAUGGCUGUCCAGAACACAGCUUGGAACCCAGAGGCUCAAGAUGAGGGAUCUGGAGUAGACAGGGGAGGUAACCAUGGAGUCCUUGAGACCAGUCUGCCCAAGGCCCAGCUACAACUACCUGAGGACCUGCCCUCCACCUGCACCAGUACCUUCAGCUUAUCCUUUGUUACCCCUUCCCUAUACCUUGUUGGAAACUGAACUGGGCUGGCCAGGUGCUUGUGAACCUGCUAAAUAAUGCAUGUUCCUGCACUUAAUCUCAAUAGGAAGCAGGUAGAUAGUGCGAUUUCUCUUUUCAAUAAAAGGAUUCAGGGCCAGCGACUAUUACUCAUUGGUGGAGUGUUUGUCUAGCAUGCAUGUAGCCCAGGAUUU